CGCGGCCGGAAGCCGGGAGCCCGGGGACCGGGGCCGCGAGCGCGCGCCGGAAGCCGGGAGCCCGGGGACCGGGACCGCGAGCGCGGGCCGGCGCGCGCGACCCGGGACCGGCAAUUCAGCCGCGAGGCCCGGGGACCGGGGCAAUUCAGACCGCACGUGCGCACCCGGGGACCGGGGCAAUUCAGACCGCGAGCACGCACCCGGGGACCGGGGCAAUUCAGACCGCGAGCGCGCACCCGGGGACCGGGGCAAUUCAGACCGCACGCGCGCACCCGGGGACCGGGGCAAUUCAGACCGCGAGCGCGCACCCGGGGACCGGGGCAAUUCAGACCACACGCGCGCACCCGGGGACCGGGGCAAUUCAGACCGCGAGCGCGCACCCGGGGACCGGGGCAAUUCAGACCGCACGCGCGCACCCGGGGACCGGGGCAAUUCAGACCGCGAGCGCGCACCCGGGGACCGGGGCAAUUCAGACCGCACGCGCGCACCCGGGGACCGGGGCAAUUCAGACCGCACGCGCGCACCCGGGGACCGGGGCAAUUCAGACCGCGAGCACGCACCCGGGGACCGGGGCAAUUCAGACCGCGAGCGCGCACCCGGGGACCGGGAACAGAGCUGGGAGCCUGGCUGCCAGAGGUUUGUCAUCGCGGGGGCGGCCUGGGAGCGCUGCGGCGCCGCGGCAGGAGAAACAGCCAAGGACGCCCUGGAAGAGCAGGAGCACGUGGGCGAGAAUGGCGCCAACACCAGCCCUGCAAAACCACAUCCCAGAGCGGGGCCCAGGACAGCCACCAUUACCCCGCAGGCCUCAAGGAAGACGGUCAAGUCAGCCAAGGCCGCCUCCCUAGUCAGGAGCCUCCCAAAGCGCAGGCGCACCUACCCGGGGGGCGCGGCUGGGCGGAGUCAAGAGCCGGAAGAGCCUUGCGCCGCAGUCCUUCCCCGGAAACCCGCGGGCCGGAAGUGUCGGGAGUUCCAGCUCAGAACCCCGGGUUGCUGGGCAACCGAUGCGGCCGCUGCAGCUGGUCUCUGUGGUGCUGGGAGCGAGCCCAGUGUAGCUCCCACCUCCUACGCUGGUAACCUCCCGUCCCGCCCGCUUCCCUUGUUGUCGCUUCUCCUCGCGUCGGGGAAUCCUUGCCCUUGGCACUACUUACAUCUCUCCGGGUCCCACGACACCUUAGCGCCUACCUGCGUGAAAGCCAAGCUCCACAGAAAGCGAGGCAGUCUGCCCCCGGACAUGACUUCGGCGCUGACUGAUGGCACCUCUCGGGCCCCGAGCACCUACACCUACACCAGCCGGCCCCGAGCACUGCCCUGCCAGCGCAGCCGUUACCGGGACAGCCUGACGCAGCCAGAUGAAGAACCUAUGCGUUAUGGAAACAUAAUGUAUGACAGAAGGGUAAUUCGAGGCAACACUUACGCACUCCAGACAGGGCCACUGCUCGGACAGCCUGAUUCUCUAGAGCUUCAGAGACAACGGGAGGCUAAGAAGAGGGCUCUUGCCAGAAAACAAGCCCAAGAGCAGCUCAGACCACAAACACCUGAACCUGUGGAAGGCAGAAAGCAUGUCGAUGUGCAAACAGGAUUAUUUCUGCAUGAAAUUGCUGAUCGCAUAAUAGAAGUUGAUAUGGAAUGCCAAACAGAUGCAUUUUUGGACAGACCACCAACACCACUCUUUAUUCCUGCCAAAACUGGCAAAGAUGUGGCCACCCUACUAGAAGGAGAGCUCUUUGACUUUGAUCUUGAAGUUAAACCAGUGUUAGAAGUUUUGGUGGGAAGAUAAUUGAGCCAGUCUCUUCGGGAAGUAAUGGAAGAAGAAGAGCUGGCUAACCUGCGGGCCAUCAGCGUGAGUAUGAAGAACUACGGAAUAGGUGAACGUGCUGAAGUUCAACGACUUGAAGAGCAAGAGAGGCCGACACCCGAGAAGAAGGAACGGCGUAAGAAACAGCAGUGGGAAAUAGUGCACAAGCACAAUGAGACAUCACAAAAAAUCGCCGCCCGAGCAUUUGCACAGCGUUACCUGGCUGACCUUCUCCCGUCUGUUUUUGGCAGCCUCAGGGAUAGUGGCUACUUUUAUGAUCCCAUUGAAAGAGAUAUUGAGAUAGGAUUUCUUCCAUGGCUAAUGAAUGAAGUUGAAAAAACCAUGGAAUAUAGCAUGGUGGGAAGAACAGUGCUUGACAUGUUGAUCCGUGAAGUGGUUGAAAAGAGACUGUAUAUGUAUGAGCAUAAGGAAGAAACACAUCGGUCUCCAGAACCAGAGGAUGAGCCUGGUGGUCCUGGAGCAGUGACAGAGUCACUGGAGGCCUCUGAAUUCCCGGAGCAGAGCAUGUCACAGACGCAGGGGCUGCUUUUAGAUGGAGACUAUGCACAAAGAACAACAUAUGACAGAAGGUCAUCCCAGGAAAGGAAGUUUAUGGAAGAGACAGAGCUAUUAGAGCAGGAUGAAGAAUCAGCAAUGAGGAAGUCCUUAGAGGAGGAAGAAUUGUCAUAGGAGGGGAGCUUCGAAGUCAUGAAACCAAUCAACAGCCAAGUCAGCAAGCAAUCAGGUAAUGAUGCGCGAGUCCCCUCAGGUUAUAGAAAUUAUGUUGUAUUUAGUCAAUAUGUCUUUUUGUCUAAUGGACUGGGCCAAUCAAAUGUGAUAAAAUAAAGCUAAUUUGAAAAUGAAA